GUCUGUUAACAAACACUUAUUAGCCAGUCUCGAAACAGCAACGAAAUGGGAAAACUUACGCUUUACGGAAUCGAUGGAAGUCCUCCAGUACGUUCAGUGCUUCUCACCCUGAACGCCUUGGGUGUGGAAUUCGAGUACAAGAUCGUUAAUCUUCUGGAGAAGGAGCAGCUGAAGCCGGAGUUCCUUAAGAUGAAUCCCCUGCACACAGUGCCCACUCUGGAUGAUGAUGGUUUCUACCUGUCUGACAGCCAUGCCAUUAACUCGUACUUAGUUAGCAAGUAUGGCAAGGAUGACUCUCUGUAUCCUAAGGAUCUGCAAAAGAGAGCCAUUGUCGAUCAGCGUCUACACUACGACUCUAGUGUGGUUACAUCAACCGGAAAGGCUAUCACCUUCCCGCUCUUCUGGGAGAACAAAACGGAGAUUCCACAGGCUAGGAUCGAUGCUCUGGAGGGUGUGUACAAAUCCCUCAAUCUGUUCUUGGAGAGUGGCGACUAUCUGGCUGGAGAUAACCUGACCAUUGCCGAUUUCCAUGUCACUGCCGCCCUAACCGGCUUCGUUGUGUUCCUCCCAGUGGAUGCCACUAAGUUCCCCAAACUGGCUGCAUGGGUUCAGCGCAUCAAGGAGCUUCCCUACUACGAGGAGGCCAACGGUUCCCGUGCUACACAAAUCAUUGAGUUUAUCAAGAGCAAGAACUUUACUAUUGUCUAAGAUCUAUUUAUAUACUACGAAAAUAAAUAAAAAGUAAAACCUAAA